AUGUCAAUUAUCGAUGUCAACAAGGAUCUCGCUGCUCUCUUUGAGCAGCAGGCCCAAGCUACUCCAGACGCAGUGGCCCUCGAAGAUGAGAAGAGAUCCCUCACAUACGCAGAGCUCGACAGAGAAACAUGGGCCCUAGCCGAGCGAUUGCGUGACUACGGUGUUGGCCGCGAUGAUCUCGUCGGUGUCCUCAUGGGCAGAAGCGCAGACUACGUUAUCGCCGCCCUCGCUACCCUCAGAGCCGGCGGUGCGUUCUUGGUGCUUGAGGUUGCGUACCCUGCUGGCCUCUUGCGAGAUGUCAUCGAGGAUGCGAAGCCAACUGUCAUCCUCACUCAGUCCGAGUACUCGGGCAACCUCACCUCUGAAACCCCGGUUAUUGUUGUCGAUAGUCCCGACAAGUUGGCCAGGGGAGAGAUCUCGCCUCAUCUGGAUGAGAGGAGAUCGCUGCCAGAGGAUGAUGAUGUGGAGCGUUUGCUGUUUGUGUCGUACUCUUCUGGUACGACGGGAAAGCCCAAGGGUAUUAUGAAUCCCCACAGGGCAGCGGUUCGCUCCUACGAUCUGAGAUUUGCUGUCAGCGAUCUCAAACCCGGCGAUAGGGUGGCAUGUAAUGUGUUCUUCAUCUGGGAGAUGCUUCGACCUCUGAUUCGAGGUGCUACAACUGUCGCUAUUCCCGACCACGCCAGCUACGACCCACUUGCUCUUGUCGAGCUUCUCUCACAAUGGCGAAUUACCGAUACCCUCAUGACUCCUACACUUUUGGCGACAGUUCUGUCCCGGCAUCCUAAGCUGGGCGAGCGAUUGCCUCAUCUUCGCUCGCUGUGGUUGAAUGGUGAGGUUGUCACUACGGAUCUUGUGCGCCGUGCGAUGGAUGCUCUUCCUGAUACACGUCUUCUCAACGUCUAUAGUGCUUCCGAGACUCACGAGACUGCUGUUGGAGAUAUCAGAACCUUUGUCGACUUCGACACACGAGUGUGCCCUGUUGGUCCUCCAACGGACCCUGAGCACACCUAUGUUCUGGACGAGGCUGGCAACAGAGUCAACCAAGGUGAUAGCGGCGAGCUCUACGUUGGUGGUAAGCUUUUAGCACGAGGAUACCUCAACCUGCCUGAAACAACAGCCAAGGCGUUCCAACCGGAUCCUUUCGCUGGAGUUAAGGACGCGCGAAUGUACCGAACUGGCGAUUUGGCCCGCAUCCUUCCUAAUGGGCUCUUGGAGAUUACCGGCCGAGUCGGCGGCAUGAUUAAGACUCGUGGCUACACUGUCCAGCCCGGAGCCGUCGAGAGCGCCAUCCGAAAGCAUCUGGCCGUUCGUGACUGUGCAGUCGUGGCUCACGGUGAAGGUCUGGAGAGACAGAUUGUUGCUUACAUCGUUCGUGAGAAGGGUGAGACUAGAGAUCGAACCAUUCCUCUCGUCGACGAAUAUGGCUACAGCCCCGUCGCCCGACGUGCUCUCACCGACCAUCUCGCCCACUACAUGAUUCCCUCAGUCUGGGUUGAGCUAGAAGAGCUCCCUACACAUGGCGUUUCUGGAAAGGUCGAUCUCAAGGCUCUGCCUGCACCACCAUCUCCGAGAUCACCGAGACCUGUUGAGAAAAAGAAGGAGCAUAACAUCAAGGUCAAGACCGAGACUGUCAUUCAGUUAUGGGCUGCGUCGCUUAACAUGCCCGCUAGCGUCAUCACACCGAAGCACGACUUUUUCGACCUAGGUGGUCACUCGCUCGCUCUCGCUGACCUUGCUGGCCGCCUUACCAAGACUUUUGGUUUUCCUGUUCCUCUGGCUCCUCUUGCUGGAACACCGACUCUCGAGGGACAUGUUUUAGCUAUCAAGGCUGCUCGUGACGGCCACACUGCUGCAGUACAGGCUGACCUCCCCGCUGUUCUUCGCGCAGACUCUGUACUCCCUGAGGAUAUUCAGGGUAAUGGCACUCCUAUGCGCGCGCUCAGAGAUGCUGAGACUAUUCUCCUCACUGGUGUUACUGGGUACCUGGGUGCUUUCCUCCUCAAGAACUUGGUCGAUUCUACAGACGCGCAGAUCAUCUGUCUCGUGCGAUUCCCUGAACCUGUUGAGGAUUGUGCACCCGCUGGUAUGGCACGUAUCCGAAAGAACUUGAUCGAUCUCGGACUCUGGGAGGAUUAUCUCCUGGAGCGCAUUGAGAUCCUGCCUGGUACACUUACCCGAAAGCGUCUCGGUCUCGCCCCCGAUGUCUUUGAUGAGCUGGCUACUCGUGUACAGGUCAUUGUUCACGCUGCUGCUACCGUUAACCUUGUCUAUCCUUACGCUGCGCUGCGAAACGCUAAUGUUAUGGGCACGCGCGAGAUUCUUCGUCUGGCUGGCCGUAGCGGCGCAACUGUUCACCACGUUUCGACCAAUGGCGUGCUUCCACCUUCGCAUACUGGUUGGUGUGAGGACACUGUCAUCGAUGUUGAUGAUGUUCCUACUAAGCUGCUGGAUGGAUAUGGCCAGACCAAGUGGGUUGCUGAGAAGCUUGUCAACGAGGCGAGCCGUCGUGGUAUUCCCGUGCGUGUAUACCGCCCUGGAACUAUCUCUGGCCACAGUGUCUCUGGCUCAACCAACGCCUGGGAUUUGAUCAACGCCAUUCUCGUCGAGUCCCUCCAACUUGGUCGCGCGCCUGAUGUUGAGGGCUGGUAUAUCGAAAUGACCCCCGUGGACUUUGUCAGCGACGCCAUCGUCACCCUCGCAAACCACACCAACGACACCGAGCAGACCAUGUACCAUCUCGGCGACCCUGCUCCCGUUCCCUCUGGAGAGUUAUUUGCAUCCCUAGCCAAGCUGGGCUACCCCACUGAGACUCUACCAUGGGACGACUGGGUUGCUCUAUGGUGGGAGAAGCGCGGUAACAGAAAGACCGGCGACGAUCCUUUCACAGUCGACAUUCUCCGCGGUGGUAUGCCCAGCGUCGAAGUCCUCAAGUCAGUCAUCGUUCUCAAAGACGGCAAGACACAGCCCACACUCGACAAGUACGACGUCCCCCGCCCCAAGAUGAACGAUGGUCUUCUCGAGAUCUACAUGCGGCACUUUUAUGCCCGCGGUUGGCUCUCUCGCCCUCCCCGUCGCGAACAAGUCAACGGCGUCGCCAAGAAGUGCCGCAAGGGCCGUCUUGCAGGUAAAGUCGCCGUCGUAACAGGCGCAUCUUCUGGAAUCGGCGCCGCAGUCGCAGCUGGUCUCGCCAAAGAAGGCGCACACGUUGCAGUCGCCGCUCGUCGCACUGAAGCUCUUGAAGGCGUCAAGAAGAAGAUCAGCGUCUACGGCGGCAAGGUUCUUAUUCACAAGACGGAUGUCACGAAUAAAGCUCAGGUGGAGUCUCUCAUGAAAGAAGCUACGGAACAGCUGGGACCGGUCGAUAUCCUUGUUAGUUGCGCGGGAGUCAUGUACUUCACCAUGAUGGCGAAUAACCAGACCGACGAGUGGGAGCGCACUGUCGACGUCAACUGCAAGGGUCUUCUGCACUGCCUGUCAUCCACAGUCCCAGGCAUGCUAUCCCGAGGCGCAGGCCACAUUGUGGCCAUCUCCUCCGACGCAGGUCGCAAGGUCUUCCCGGGUCUGGGCGUCUACUCUGCGAGUAAAUUCUUCGUCGAAGCGACGCUCCAGGCCCUGCGCCUGGAGACAGCAGGCUCUGGUCUACGGGUCACGGCCGUGCAGCCCGGAAAUGUGGCGACGGACCUGCUGGGCAUGUCGACGGACCAGGAGGCGCUGAAGAAGUACGGUGAGCCUACGGGUGCCGAGGUCCUUAAGCCUGAAGAGGUAGCUAGCGCUAUUGUGUACGCUGUGUGUCAACCGCCGCAUGUUGCUGUUAACGAGGUUCUUAUUGAGCCUCGCGAUGAGCCGAUUUAG